UAAAGGAUUGGAAGUGAUUGAACCAGGUGUAUGUAAAGAGCAUUCAAAAUGACUUCAGAUUCAGCGAUUGCAAAGAGGCUGGUGGAAAACUUGCAGACUGAUCUGAGAGCACUCUUUAAUGAAACAAAGAGAAAAUAUCCACCUGUCAAAGAGGCUGCAGAGGCUGAUAUCUUGAAAAUCAGGACUAUAGUUGCAAGAAGCAAAGAUGUUAUUCCUGCUAUGGUCACAAACAGUGGGGAAAUCCUGCAGCCAUUUCUACUCGGAUGUGACACCAAAAAUCUGCGGAUUGUUCAGCUUUGUCUUGGCUCUGUUCAGCGCCUUAUCACACAUGAGGCCUUAUCAGCUUCUGCAGCAGGUAAUGUGAUUAAUAUGCUAUGGGGUUUAAUGGAGUGUGGUAUGGAGGAUCUAAAGGUCCUACAGACAACCCUGGUUAUCCUCACAACCAAUACUAUCGUCAGGGGACCAGCUUUAGCAAAGGCUGUUGUGGUGUGCUUCCGACUGCAUUUUUCAAAGGACAAUACAACAAGUAACACAGCUUCUGCCAUUGUCCAGCAAGUUAUUUCUAUUGUCUUUGAGAGGGUUCUUGCUGAAGAUGAAGCAAAUGCAGAUGGUUCUGAGGUUGGAGUGGAUGAAGAACAACUCAAGAUAAGUUUGGGCAAUCGAGAAGCCCCCAAGUCACUAAGGCCUUGUGCUACAGAUGCGUAUAUGCUGUUUCAGGAUCUGUGUAAUCUAGUGAAUGGAGACCCACCAUGUUGGUUGCAGGGUAUGACUACAAUGACCAAGAAGUUUGGUUUAGAGCUCCUAGAGUCUGUACUAAAUAGCUUCCCUCAAGUGUUCCUCAGGCACACAGAAUUCAGUUUCCUCCUGAAGGAGCGAGUAUGCCCCCUCCUGAUCAAGCUCUUCUCCCCAAGCUUGAAGCAUCGUCAGGGAUUAUCAGCCCCUACUGCACCUGCCAACCCACCAGAGAAACCCACCUUCCAUAUGAGCCUCAGGCUACUCAGAGUGGUGUCUGUCGUCAUCAACAAGUACUACUCACUCCUUAUGACAGAAUGUGAGAUAUUUCUCUCAUUAUUGGUGAAAUUCAUGGAAGGGGAUAAACCACUAUGGCAAAGAGUCAUGGCAUUAGAAGUCUUACACAAGAUUUGUUCACAAUCCAAGCUUUUAAGAAUGUUCUGUCAGUCCUAUGACAUGAAACCUCAUUCAACCAAGAUCUUUGCCAACAUAGUGAAUGCCCUUGGCGUGUUCACACAGUCUCUCUUCAUGAACCCUACUGCAGAAAGACAAAAUAGUCAGUCAUCUGAUAAAUCCACCAAGGACACUGGUAGCACAUCUCAGAGCGGUACUGGAAGCUCACCUGCAGCUAAUAUACACCCCCAAGCAGCUUUCACAUACAAGGGGGUUUGGAUACCACUCAUUCCUGUAGCAUCAUUAGGCACAUCAAAGGCUUUAAUAAUGGACAUGUUAGAGAAAACGGAUUCCCCUCCGAUACCCGACGGGUACGCCAUGUCUGUAUCCUUUGCGUGUCUCCUGGACGUGACCAAGAGCGUCUCUUCGGUCGUCACCCUGGAGCUUGAGGCAGAGGAGAAGCGAGUAGAUAGGGAAGAGAGGGAAAGAAAGCAGAAGGAACAAGGAUCAGUUCUAGACAAGGAUGAUGAUCAAGAGGAAGAGGAGGAGGAUGAUAGGCCUAGGAGUGUAGAUAGUGUAUUAGCUACAGUCAAUAAAGAUCUGAAAGAUCUUUGGGUUGAGAUGGUCAAUUCUUCAUGGUGUGGUGUAUUAGCUGCUCUGUCACUCCUCUUAGAAGCAUGUACUGAUGAAGCAGCUACAGAAGCCAUAUUGAAGUGUCUUGAGCUGUACGCCAGUCUAUGUGGUAAGCUUGGUCUUACUGUGUCCAGGGAUGCCUUUGUGACAGCUCUGUGCAAGUCCUCUUUACCUCCUCACUAUGCCUUGGCUGUACUCAACAUUGCACUGCCAACCGGGAUCAGUACCCCUAAAGAUCACAAGAGGAGUUCAAGCAGUGCCAGUCGUGAUGGGUUCCUUCAGGCCACUGAAGGAGGUACUGCUGAUCCUACAGAUAGCAGAAACCAAGUGGUGGCCGUCGGGACCCCUCUGACCUCAGUUGUCGGUGGGCAGCAGGGUCCUGUCAUGCUGACAGCUAAGAACAUCCAAUGUAUGAGGGCCAUCCUAUCUCUAGCACACUGCCAUGGUGCUAUCUUAGGAGCAUCCUGGCACCUUAUUCUAUCCACCCUUCAACAUCUGGUAUGGAUAUUAGGUCUCAAACCUACACCAGGUGGAGGUCUCAAAGCGGAUGAAUCACAAACCGUUGUGAUGAAAUUUGGAGGAGGUACGGAUUCACACACGACAGUCAUCACCACAGCAGCCAUGACAGAGCUUCCUGUACUAUCAUCUAUGCUUUCUCAGCUCUUUGAAAGCUCCAAGUACCUUGAUGAUGUGGCCUUACACCAUCUUAUCAGUGCUCUGUGUAAGCUGUCAUCAGAAGCAAUGGAACUAGCCUACUCAAAUAGGCAAGAGCCAUCACUUUUUGCAGUAGCCAAGCUCCUGGAGACAGGAUUAGUAAAUUUACCUCGCAUGGAGGUCCUCUGGCGCCCUCUUACAGCACAUUUGUCCGAGAUCUGCCAGCAUCCAAAUGCAAAAAUGAGGGAGUGGGGAGCUGAAGCAGUCACAUCCCUCAUCAAGGCAGCUCUGGCAUUCAAACACAGCCCUCCACUUCAUGAAAAUCUGAGGUUGCAGACACUACUCCUUAGUCCUCUCCAAGAACUGUCAUUAAUCCCUCAUGCAGACAUCAGACAGAAACAGUUAGAUUGUGUUCAUCAGAUCCUAUCUAACAAUGGAGAGACACUCGUCCAUGGAUGGCCUCUUGUCUUAGGGGUGAUUGGUGCUGUUACUACUGACCAAGGAGAGUCAUUAAUUCGAUCAGCAUUCCAGAGUAUUCAGUUGGUUGUAACGGAUUUCCUUCCCAUCAUGCCUUGCUACUGUUUGCAAAUCUGUGUUGAGGUAGCAGCCAAGUUUGGAUUGCAGAAAGAAGAGCUUAAUAUCAGUCUCACAGCAAUAGGUUUACUCUGGAACAUCUCAGACUACCUGUACCAGAACAGAGAGAAGAUCAGAACGGUGCUUAGUAAAGAAACCAUAGGUGGACCUAAAACCACAAGCAAUGGGGAGCAACCCAUUCCUCCAUUUGAUGCUCUUUGGUUAACCCUUUAUUCAAGGUUAGCUGACCUAUGUGUAGACUCCAGACCAGCGGUUAGGAAGAGCGGUGGUCAAACUCUCUUUUCUACCAUCAGUGCUCAUGGAGCUCUCCUCAAACAUACAACUUGGCAGAUUGUACUAUGGCAUGUUUUGUUCCCAUUGCUUGACAAAGUAAAGAAGUGUUCGAGCGUAGCUGCUACUGAGCAGUCAGAGCCCAGUGGGAACAUUCUCAUACAUCACUCGAGGGAUACAGCAGAAAAGCAAUGGGCAGAGACCAAGGUUCUUACUCUAGCUGGAGUGGCUAGGGUCUUCAAUACAUGGAGAUAUGCACUUUUACCACUAGGGGAUUUCCCCAGAGCAUGGGCACUGCUGUUAGAGCACAUAGAAGCUUCUGCACUGAGCCCAAGCAAAGAAGUCUCUCUGAAUGCCCUCAAGAGCUUCCUAGAAGUCAUCCAGAUGAAGACGCCUAAGCAGAUAGUUACAGUCAUCCCAGACCCUCAACUGACCCCACAGAAAUCAGGAGGAAAUGGUAGCCUUGAGACAUCAUCACUUGCAACAGAUCUUCCUAUUCCAGGUAGUGAGACCAUCAUUCGUAUGCAGCCUGCGGGCUCAGUAUCAAACUCUGAUGCAUUUGAAAUGGACAAUGAAAGGACUAGUGAUGAAUCCAAUGGAAGCAUGGAAACUGCCGAAGGGACAUUCCCAGGGUUUGAAGAUGCUGCCUUGUGGUCCAAUGCAUGGAGGGUUUGGAUCAGUAUUGGUAGCAACAGCACCAAACCACCAGAAUCCAAAGCGGAUGCUGUGCUUCCUACACAAGCUUUCCUGACAGCCCUUGUCCAGAUAUUCCCCUACCUCUUUGAUCAUGUCAAGGACAAGUUUGUGGCAUCGGACUUGCAGAAGUUGUGCUUGGUUCUGCAGAGUGCCGUAUCAGUUCCAGUGCAGGCAGACAUGUCAGUUUUCUUGAUACCAUCAGCCACAGAAACUGAGAUCACUACACUGCAGUCUGCUGUCUUACAUGUAUUUGAAGUACUCAAAAAGGCUGUUGCAGAAGGCAGUGAGAUAAUGCAGUCUAUGUAUCCAGCCAUCUUUGAUCAACUCUUAACGUUCAUCACAUACUCCUGCCAGCCUCCAUCAUUCGGUCACAUUGAGACCAAGGCUAUCACUAAAACUGCUCCUAAACAGCUCUAUCAGGGAAUAUUUGAUUCUAAGGAGAAAUGGGAGAGUUAUAGAUCUGCCACACAGUCUGACUGGGUUGCCAUGAACUAUGUGCCGUUUGCUGAGAAGGCCUUACAAUUAACCUCUGACCUGUAUAGGUCAACGGCCGAGCAUCCAUCCGUCAUGAAGCAGCAUGUCCUGCAGAAUAUACUCAGGGUUUUCCAACUGCCAUUGGGUUUGAAGUAUGCUUGCCCAGCCCCGUCAACAUGGAAACUUGCAGUACAGUGCCUACUUGAUAUUCUACAUGUGGGACUUCCAGUAGCCAGGAAACAAGAAUUCACUGCAACAUUUGAAGACAUGUGGAUGGAUUUAGCUGCUUCCCUUGAAUUAUUCCUCUUUUCAGAACACCCUACACCUUCCACUCUUUCUGUUGAGGAGCAGCAGAAAGAUGAAGGCAUGGAUGUCAAGGUCGUGCUCCUGAUACGUGAGGAGAUUCUACCAUUUUCAUCUAGUGUUCCUGAGCAGUUUACAGCUCGUAUCAUGACUCUUCUCAACAGAGGGUCUAUCCAUUCAGCAAGUACAGCUAGCUUCUUAGAUGUUGAUAAUCGUCAGCUACGAGAGGAGUUUGCCAAGGCCUGCUUUGAGACCCUCCUCCAGUUCUCGUUCAUCUCCCAGACGAGACCUCUCCAUGAUGCAACAGACGAGGGAGCCCUUACCAAGAUGGCGCUGGCUUCCUUGCUCCAGAGAUGCCAGGAGGUGCUGAAAAAAUAUGUUGAAGAUGAGAGGUUGAGUGGCAAAUGUCCUUUACCAAGGUCAAGAAUGACUGAGAUGUCAUUUGUUUUGCAAGCUAUAACAACCCUGAUGCAAUCACUGAAGAGGGCUUCCCCAGAAAAUGUUGACCAGAAUACAUGGAGCCAGGUCAUCGGUCUGUACCCAUUCCUAGUGGACUGCACCACGUGUACGUCAUCCCAAGUCUGUAAGGCACUCAAAGAAGCCCUGUAUCAGUUCCAAGACCUCCUUGUAGCUCCUCAUCCUCCUUCCAGAAUGGUGAAUGGAAAGUGAUGAUAGGUCACAACCCAUGCUGUUUCACACUUACACCAACGCCACCAUGGUGUAAUGCAUAAACUCACUGAUGAAUAGGCCAUAGUGUGCAUCCUCUGUGCAUGAUCUGUGAUAUUAGUUCACUCUUAAAACUUCGUCAAACACCACCCAGGUCAGUAAGACACCCGAAGAAGACAUCAUUUCCAAGAACUCUUCCUAUCUACCAUUAUGGUGACUCAGAAUAGUGUUCUGUAGUAUAGCAUCUCAUGACCAAUGCCUCCAUGCAGAGUUUGCAACAUCAUUUCCAAAAUGAUAAUGCAACGAUUUUGUGGUAUCUACUCUCAAGUCUUCACAAGGUGUCUACUUCAGCCCUGGAACUAAUCCUCUACAUGAUCAUAUAUUAAAUCUGAAACCUUAACCACGGUAGCUGGUCGUCACAUCCUUUCUGGUGGACACUUUGAUAGUGAAAGUGAAAGAUGAAUAUCAACUAACACUGUAGUAGUAUUCUUGUCUGCUGGACUUAUCAUUCAAAUGAGAUCGGUGUACUGUCAGUUCCGGGACGUUUCUACAGCUUGUUUGAGUUUAUGGUGAAAAUUUGUCAUUGCCGAUUGGCACCAAUCAAUAAUUGUUAAGUCUUAUGACAUGACCUGAAAUGCAGAAGAUCUUGUUAGUUGCCUAUAAGCGUUAUCCAUCUCUGGUGAUCAGAGAUUGGUGUGAUUAAUGCUUGUCAUGAGGCACCAUAGAGUUCUGUAGAAUCAUGUUCAUCCAUUUAGUAGCCAUUACAUACACUAUCAAUGUGAAAAAAAAUUGGUAAGUGCAGCCUGUGUUUACACAAAAUCCAAAGAUUCAUAAUUAUUUUCAUCUUAAAAGGGCAUCUUUGAUUAUGAUACUGGAAUCCAGGAAUCAUACCAUUUCCUUUUUUUGUUAAAGAACCUUAACGAAAAUUUUGAUUUAUGUCCAUUGUAUGCUCUCAAGACAUCAGAAGAUUCUACAAUCUUGUGUCAUGCCAAACCUUGAUAUAGAGUGACUACUAGAGUCGAGAAGCAAUUGAUUUCUUGAAAACAUGUUGAAAGUAAUAUAGCCAAAUAGUAAUGCAUUGGUUUUAAAGUCAAUCUGAAGUUUAGGGGUUAUUCAUUGUAAAGAGAGAAUGAGUUUUAGUGGAGUACUUUAUGAAGCUACUAGAUCUUAGACUUGCCUAUAAAUUGAGUGUAUACAGUAAUGUGUAUUAUUUAUAUCUUUGUACAAUGUGGGUGUAUGUCUGCGAGGCACAAAAUCAGUGAAUACCUUGUUCUUUGAUAGACUGCCCUAUUGCAAAACAGGGAACAAGGACUGUUUGAAUAACAAUAUGGUAAUCUAAGUUGACAUUUUAAGGCCCUGAAAUGAAUCAUGGGUUACUAUUCUAUUCAUCAUAUGCAUUUGCAAAGAAUAUUGCUAUUUAUUUGUACUUUGUAUUCAUUCUCAGACUGGCUAAUUAUUGACUCUGAAGUUUGAAUGCCUGUAAACAAAUAAAAGUUAAUGUUACAAAACAAUAGGAGUAACAAUUUGGGUUCAAUCCUAUUUUAUGUUUUGUAACUGAAUGUACAAAAUGAACUUUCAUUUAAUCUGUAUUAAUUAAAUUUAGUCCCAGUAUCACAAUUUCAAAUAAAAUAACAGAUGUGGUCUUCACAAUGGAGUAUCAUGUGAUAUUCAAUGUAUAGAUUAAACAAGUACUACAGAGGAGGCUUUAUCUCCUAUAUUCAACAGUAUGCUGCAUGUGAAUGCUUAGUAGUUUCCCUUAUUUUAUCAUGUGUUGUUCAUGCUUUGCCAGUGAGCUUUAUCAAAAAGCGCUUUGAUAUUCGUUAACGCAUUUCAGUCCUAAUUAUGAUAAUGGUUGGUCCUGAAAAUUAACAACAUUAACAUUGUUUUAAUAGGCGACUAUGGUACCUCUUUGAAUCAAGAAAUUUGUAUUGAUUUCAUUUGAAUUAUUCAUUUAUUUCAUCAUGAAUAGCAAUGUGGUAUAUAAAGAAACAUCAAUACAAUUUUAAAGAAAAUUAAGAACCGCCAACAAAUUAUGAUGCGUAUUAUGGUCAAGGCCUCUGACAAGUAAGGCUGCUUUAAGUGCUGCCCUACAUACAAACAUUAAAAGA